AUCUACGCACCAAACCGUCGAUACCCAGUUUCUCACCGUCUGGUUGUGUGGCUAUCUCCCUCUCUCUCUCUCUCUCUCUCUCUCUCUCUCUCGAUCGAUCGAUCGAUCGACCGAAGGCAGCCUUGAGGCAGAGGAAUGCAGGACUGAGGACACGAGUGUUUGACACCCCAGGCACAGAGUUGGUUAAGUAUUUUGCUGAAUGCUUUAGUUUCAUCGAUGAAGCUAGAAGUGCAGGUGGUGGCGUGUUGGUUCAUUGCUUUGCAGGAAUGUCAAGAAGUGAAUCAAGGCUCGAGUUCUAAGUUGAUCCAAAAGUCAACCUUUGGAGGUUAUAUUUCUUUUGGGACAUUUUGAAAGCUUUGUUUUGUUAAGUUACUGUGAAAGUUCUGUGGGAGCUGAAAUGCUCUCUUAUCAAAGGAUUUCUUGUACAUGUCUUUUGGAGAAUACGAGCAUGCGAUGGAUGAACUAUUGGGACUUAAAUGCCAACACCUCAGGUUCUUCACCAAGGCCUAACUAGGUUGGAUGUAUUAUUCUUUUCUACAAACAAAUUGCUCACAUGUACUUGUCAUAUUAUUGUAAUAUACUUGCUCUGAUCGCAUGACACAGCAGAAAUCCCUCUUCUAAAGUGACAUUAUGUAUCUAAAAAAAAUGUGUUCUUUUCCAAGUUGAAAUGAUACGCUCAGCAUAUUUGUAUGUUGUGUUGUUAUCAUAUUGUUGUUAUCAUAGAUACCUUUGCCAGAAGUUUGUGAUGGUAGAAGACUCCUAAACGCAUCUUCUUUACUGCUGUCAUGAUAAAUAGUUUUAGAUUAUUAUUGGUGCUAUUCGAACCCUAAUCGGAGUUGGUUAUGUUGCAAGCUGGGAUGAUAAAAUUGCAUUCUUGUCAUAAUCACAACUACUCUGAAGGGAAUGAAGCAGCAUAAAUUGGAUGCAGAGCCUAAAAAAGCCUGAUAGCAGGAGGAUUUUUAGGUAAAACCUAUGCUUCAUCACAGUUGGCAUGAAUCCAGUGCAGGCCAUGCGUCCAUGGAGGCAUGAGUCGGUGGAAGGAAGGAGGGAGGGGGAGUUAACGGCAGAAGCGCUUGCAUGCUUAGGGUUGGGAGAAACCCGUGAGAGCGUGAAUGCCACGGAAUGAAUCAUCAUCGUCUUCCUCGCGACUGAAGUGACUCACUUCUCCCUUCCUCCUUCCUCCUUAUCAAUGAAGCCGGUCCAAGUUUGUGAUCAGCGAGUGCAGUCAAACCCACCCCUUCUCGUGCGUGCGUGCGUGCGUGCUGUGGUGGCCACUCGGAGUAGUAGCUUGCCACUCCGCUCACGAGGGCGCAGCCACGCCAUUGAAUGCCGCCUCGAGGGUUUCAGCUGCAGUUCCCCUCCCUCCCUCCCUCCCUCCCCCCGCAGCCAUGUCCCACAUCGCCGUCGAAAGGAACAGGAGAAGGCAGAUGAACGAGCAUCUCAAGGUCCUGCGCACCCUCACCCCUUCCUUCUACAUCAAGAGGGGAGACCAAGCAUCCAUCAUCGGAGGAGCCAUAGAGUUCAUCAAGGAGCUGCAGCAGGUCCUGCACUCCCUGGAGGCCAAGAAGAAGCGUAAGAGCUUGAGCCCCAGCCCCACUCCGAGCCCACGGCCGCUUCUCCAGCUGACAUCAUCACCGACGUCCAGCAGCCCCGACACGGUCAAGGAGCUCGGCGCCUGCUGCAACUCCCCCGUCGCGGAUGUCGAGGCCAAGCUUUCCGGCUCCAACGUGCUUCUGAGGACGCUCUCCAAGCGCAUCCCGGGUCAGGUGGUCAAGAUCAUCACCGUCCUCGAGAGGCAGGCGUUCGAAAUCCUCCAUCUCAACAUCAGCAGCAUGGAAGACACCGUGCUCUACUCCUUCGUCAUCAAGAUUGGACUCGAAUGCCAACUGAGUGUGGAAGAGCUUGCGUUAGAGGUCCAAAGGAGCUUUUGCGAAGAGAUUGGGUACCCAAGAAGCUUAGGUGAAUAGUAGUGUAUGAGGUAGUGAUCAAUGAUAAGUAAUCAUAUAUCUUUCACAUAUAAAUGCUAAGCAAAUAGAAUUCCAUUAGUGUUCUUAAUCUCAUCCAUUGAGUUAUGAGUGAGACAUAGAAUAGAAAUCACAUCGAAAGGAUCAACUUUUCCUAUUAAUUCUUAAUUUCUAUGGGUGCAUGACAAAAUUAUGGUCUUGCAA